AUGGGGAAGCUGUUGCUGUGGGUUGCGCUGGUUCUUGUGCUGAAACACCACAAUGGUGCUGCCCACAAACUGGUGUGUUAUUUCACCAAGUGGGCAAUCAGUCGGCCUGGCCCUGCCUCCAUCCUGCCCCGUGACCUGGACCCCUUUCUCUGCACUCACCUGGUGUUUGCCUUUGCCUCAAUGAACAACAACCAGAUUGUUGCUAUGGAUCCCCAGGAUGAGAAAAUCCUCUACCCAGAGUUCAACAAGCUCAAGGAGAGGAACAGGAAGCUGAAAACACUGCUGUCCAUCGGAGGGUGGAAAUUCGGCACAUCGAGGUUCACCACUAUGCUGUCCACAUUCGCCAGCCGGAAGACGUUUAUCAGUUCAGUUAUAUUUCUCCUGAGGACACAUGACUUCGAUGGGCUGGACCUCUUCUUCUUGUACCCUGGACUCAGAGGCAGCCCCAGGCGUGACCGGUGGGCUUUCCAUCUCUUAAUUGAAGAGCUCCUGUCUGCCUUCCAGAAGGAGGCACAGCUCACCAUGCGUCCAAGGUUGCUGCUCUCUGCUGCUGUGUCUGGGGACCCACAUGUCAUCCAUAAAGCAUAUGUAACACACAUUCUGGGAAGCCUCCUGGAUUUCAUCAACGUCUUGACUUAUGACUUCCAUGGAAGCUGGGAAAAGUUCACAGGACACCAUAGCCCCCUGUUCUCUCCGCCUGGAGACCCCAAAUCUUCGGCACAUGCCAUGAAUUACUGGCGUAAUCUUGGGGUGCCCCCACAGAAGCUUCUCAUGGGAUUCCCCACCUAUGGACGUACUUUUCGCCUCCUCAAAGCCUCUAAGAAUGAACUGCGGGCAGAAGCUGUGGGACCAGCAUCUCCAGGGAAGUACACCAAGCAAGCUGGCUUCUUGGCUUAUUAUGAGGUUUGCUCCUUUGUCCAGAGUGGGAGGAAGCACUGGAUUGAUUCUCAGUAUGUCCCAUAUGUCUACAAGGGGAGGGACUGGAUCGGCUUUGAUGAUAACAACAGCUUCAGGUACAAGGCAUUUUUCAUAAAGAAAGAGCAUUUCGGGGGGGCCAUGGUGUGGACCUUGGACCUAGAUGACGUCAAGGGCACUUUCUGUGGCACUGGCCCUUUUCCCCUUGUCCACACGUUGAAUACUCUCCUGGUGGACGCUGAGUUCAGCUCAACUCCUUCGCCAAAAUUUUGGUUCUCAACUUCUGUGAAUUCUUCAAGAACUGGCCUUGAAAGGUUGACUGUGACCAAGGAUCUGAACACUGAUCUGUGGAUUUUGCCCCCAGGAGGAGAGGCUAUAGCCACUGAGACGUAUAGAAAGUCUGAAAAUAUGUCCACAAUCUCCAGAGGUGGACUUGUGACCCCUACAAGGGAAACUGUGUCUUUUGCAAAUCACACUGUAGCUCCAGAAGGGAAAACUGAGACCCCUGGAGAGAACAUGACCCCUUUGGGCUAUCAGUCUGUGACCCCUGGAGAGAUAAUGGUGGCUCCAGUACAUCUUCAGACUGGAGAUAAGAUUCUACCCACAAGAAGGAAGACUGUAGCCCCUGAGAAGAUGAUUGUCUCCUCUGGAAAGAUGACAGUCACUUCCAAUGGGCAGAAUGAACCUCUAAGAGGAGAAUUUGACAUCAGGGCACCCUGA